CAAGCCCGGUCCAUAUUCAUCAAAACUUGCCCGCGGCACAAGAAACUCUCUGCCUUUAUUAUUUAUCAACCAUUCUCUCCGUUCUGCUUUUCAGUCUCUAUAUCUGCUCUACAUACAGUCUCAACUGAAGCGUCAUUCUCAUCUUCGUUAAAGGUUUAUAAGCAUGAAGCUUGACACUAGUGGUCUCGAAUCAACUGCUCCGCAUUUUGGGACAAGCUGUGAGCUGUUUUCUGGCUUUUCUGCUGCUCCAUCUUUUGAUCUUCCUGUUACUACUGAUUUUGAUGGGUUUCAAAAGGAAUCCAUACAAAUGGUGAAGCCUGCAAAGGGGACAACUACACUUGCUUUUAUUUUUAAGGAGGGUGUCAUGGUUGCUGCUGAUUCUCGAGCUAGCAUGGGGGGCUAUAUCUCAUCACAGUCAGUGAAAAAAAUUAUUGAAAUCAACCCUUACAUGCUGGGAACAAUGGCUGGAGGAGCUGCUGACUGCCAGUUUUGGCACAGAAAUCUGGGCAUAAAGUGCCGGCUGCAUGAAUUAGCAAACAAGCGCAGAAUCUCAGUUACAGGUGCAUCAAAGCUGCUGGCUAACAUUCUCUACUCUUAUCGUGGAAUGGGACUGUCUGUUGGGACUAUGAUCGCCGGAUGGGAUGAAACUGGUCCUGGACUGUAUUAUGUAGAUAGUGAAGGAGGUAGGCUGAAAGGAACACGGUUCUCUGUUGGAUCUGGUUCACCAUAUGCUUAUGGUGUAUUAGAUAGCGGGUACAAAUAUGAUUUGUCAGUUGAGGAAGCCGCAGAGCUGGCCAGAAGAGCUAUUUAUCAUGCAACUUUCAGGGAUGGGGCUAGUGGUGGUGUUGCUAGCGUUUAUCACGUUGGACCGAAUGGAUGGAAGAAGCUGUCUGGUGAUGAUGUUGGGGAGCUUUAUUACCAGUACAAUCCUGUCAGCACAAGCACAGUGGAGCAAGAAAUGGCCGAGUCUAGCUCAACUUAGGGGUUGUUUCUUCUUUUUAUCUUAAGUUUGAGCGUGAAUGACAUUUUUCUGUUUUUCGAUAAUUGACUUAACUGCUUCGAAGAUGUUGUUAUCUGAAUAGAAAAAGUAGUAAUCUUAAACUAUUUCAUGAUA